CACUCAAUCUUCAAUUUCCGUUUCUGAGUCAUAACAUUGGAUCCAGGAACAUCCUUAGGUUGCAGUUCACGUAUACGGAUUCAGAACCCAUUAUGCAGACGACGACGAUCAGUGAGGGCCAUACGGUUUCGCAUCAUCCGACAUUUGACCCCCAUCACAAUCUCAAAGAGAGCGACAAACACAACGAACGAAUUGAAGUGCGAGUGGGGUCGUCUGCAAGUGAUUCAAUAGCAGUAUCUAUCCCUGACCUGAAAUCACAAACGAAACAUCAGCGGCUGCGCGCACGAGUGCAAUUUGCGACAAUUUGUGGGUCGAUGUACCUAGCUGGAUGGAAUGAUGGGACAACUGGUCCAUUGCUCCCUCGGAUACAGAAAGUGUAUGGCUUGAAUUUCAUGGUCGUAUCCCUGAUAUUCGUGUUCGCAUGUGUUGGUUUCCUAUCUGGAGCAUUCGCAAAUAUGUACCUAGACGGCAGAUUCGGUUUCGGAAAGUUCACACAAUCAAAUGGUUUUGUGGCUAGUCUCAAGGAUAGUCCCGAGGUGAAAAUGGGGAUCCUCCAUGCGGUAUAUGGUGCUGGCGCUUUGUCGUCCCCUUUGGCAGCAACGCAGUUUGCUCAGCUUCCGCAUUGGUCAUUUCACUACCUGUGCAGCCUUGGUAUUGCGUUCACAAACACUGUAUUGUUGAUUGCAGUCUUCGGGCUGAAAACGCAGGAUGAGUGCCUCGCUCAGAUUGGACAGCCAGCAGGCGAAAAGGGAACGAAUGAAAAGAGCCGGUUCAGCCAGAUAUUGCGACUCAGAGAAGUGCACCUCAUCGCCUUCUUCAUUUUGAUAUAUGUAGGAGUGGAGGUCACAGUGGGCGGCUGGAUGGUGACGUACAUAAUCGACGUGCGCGGAGGAGGUCCAAGUUCGGGAUAUAUAUCAUCAGGGUUUUUCGGAGGUAUCAUGAUUGGCCGUGUCGGUCUUUUGUGGGUGAACAAAAAGGCAAGUCUCUAUCCUAUUUAUAGCAUGCAACAUAGAUAUCAAAGGUUACAGGUUGGGGAACGUCGUGUUGUGUUCAUUUACGCCAUCCUGGCGAUUGGGCUGGAACUAAUAGUAUGGCUGGUGCCUUCGAUCAUUGGUGGAGGCGUUGCGAUCUCCAUCAUUGGUAUGAUUUUGGGGCCGAUGUAUCCCAUCGCUAUGAUGCACGCAGUACGAAUCCUCCCCGAGUGGCUCGUCACAGGGUCAAUUAGCUGGAUAGCAGGCUUCGGGCAGGCAGGUUCUGCGCUCUUGCCAUUCUUAAACGGUGCCAUUGCAACGAAGACGGGAAUCAAGAGUUUGCAGCCAUUUCUCGUCUCGAUGAUGGUGUUAAUGAUCGUCUUAUGGGCUUUGGUGCCGGGAACUGCUAGGAGACCCAAUGAUAUAUGCUCCGUUCGCCAUGUCUUGCGGCAUGUGGCAGUGGAUCUAUCAUGACCUCCACCCCUGAGUGUCAGCGAAUUCUGUAUGGCCACAUUUUGUCUUAGAUCAUCGAGUCGAUUGAAACCAGUUUUUUGUUAAGGUGGAGCAAGAGCAGGAGAUUGACGUGUCGGGGAAAGGGACGAUCAAUCUUCAAGAGAGAAGACCAAGAUAGGGACGUUCGUAAAGGGUAGCGAGAAUGAGUUAUUUUUUGAGUUGGUGUGGAUGACGGAAUGCGACUCACUCAGGCUUCUUUUGCCUCGGCUG